UCGGUUCGCCGUCCUCGCCCUCCCCUCCCCGUCGUCGCCAGAGGCCUGCUGCAGCCAUGUCUGAGACCAAAAUUAUCACCUACGACGAGCUCAAGAAGAACAACAAGAAGGACAGCCUGUACAUCCUCAUUCACCAGAAGGUGUACAACGUCUCAAAAUUCAUUGAUGAGCACCCAGGAGGAGACGAGGUGAUUCUCGCCGAGACCGGUAAGGAUGCUACAGAGGCAUUCGAGGAUGUCGGUCACUCGGACGAGGCCCGUGCUAUCCUCAAGGACCUCUUCGUCGGUGAAUUCGAGAAGGAUGGUGCCCUCAAGGUGAAGCCUGCCUACGACAGUCACUCUUCGGGCAGCCAGGCUGUCAACACAGCCGUGCAGCAAGGAUCAAAUAUGAUGUACUUCGUUCCUCUCGCCAUGCUCGGCGCAUACUUCGCAUGGCGGUACUACUCGAGCGGGUCGCUAUAGACUGUUGCAUUGCUAUCUUUUGACUAGUUGUUCUCAUAUUCUGGUAGUGCUUCAUCUUGUUUUUAUGCAUUUCUUUGGCUCCCGGA